GCUCGUUUCCAGCGUAUGGCGCUUGCGCCGCGCGUAGUCGCCGGGCAGGCCGACGCGCUUUGGCAGAAUGCAGCAGCGCCACGGGCCGUGGCGGAGCGGAUUCCGGUUCCCCGCCCGUCGUCCACUCCUUGGGGGUGGCGCUGGUUUGGUCACGUCAGCGAGCGCUCGCCCCUCUGGUGUCAGCCGCUAGACAUAGACUCGGGCGAGCCUGCCUGUGGAGAAUGCGCUUACCUACCGCUUCCGUGUGACCACGUGGAGUGCGGGUCUUCUUGUAGUGUAAGCGCGUGCGUACGUUG